GGGGGAGUCUGGUCGAAUUCGCAAUUCCACGUUCCAUCGACCUGAGAGAUGGAGGUGCGGUUCCAAAUGGCGCCUUCGUACGCGAAGAAGACGUCCGAUGAGGAGAAGGAUGGCCCCAUUCUAUCGUCAGCGAUGCCUGCUCCGGUUCUCCCUCCUGUGCCCCAGGAUCCGAAAGAGAAAGCGAGCACUCAAGACUCGACCACAGCGCCCAAGGAGAAGUUCAAGUUCAACAAGGUCGACAAUGUGUCUGGCAGUACAGCGGGUGCCGGCAGCGGCGAGUUUCACAUGUACCGUGCCGCGCGUCGGAGAGAAAUGGAGCGUGUGUCGGCGAUGGAAAAGAAUCACAAGAAGAUUGAAGAGGAGAGAGAGUUUCAGGAGAAGCGUCGUCGAGCCCAAGAGGAAGUCGAAGCCAAGGCACAGCAAAAGGCCGCGAAGCGCCGCCGCAAACUCGAAAAUGCCAAGAUGCGCAAAAUGAUGGGCGAACACGGCAAGGAAGUGGACAAGAUUCCUGCUUUGGAUAAUGUCAUGCCAGGUGGAGUUCCCGAGAUCGCGAACGAUGGGACGUUCCUGGACAAGAUUCUCGCACUACAAAAAGGAAAUGCAUCUUCAUAGUGGACUCGUGCCGUAUUUAUCUCUGCUAGCUGCUACAUACCAUGCUCUUGCAAGCGCGCACAACCAGCAACGCUCAAACCAAAGUUCAUUGCUGCAUGAGAUGACUGCAGUCUUUGAACCGUUGUCCGAGGUGUAGCUCCCUCGUCCUCCUGCCCGGGGGCUAUCAGACCACAUCCCCCUCCUCGACAGCGUAACUGCUAUGAUUCAGAGAUCGACUCCUCAUCAUGAUGGAGCCAUGCUAGUAUGAUUGAGUAGGCGGAAACGCGACGCUGUCACAGGCGAGCUUUGGCAUGCCGCCCACUUCAACGUCCAACCGAUUCACAUGUGUUCCUGUCUUCACGAGCGCACGAUCGAUUCAGGCGUGACAUCUCGCAACGUCACAUACUCAAGUCUCGUUGUGUCCACCGCGCGCAGACUCAAGUAACUCCUUGCGUCGUGGCCAUCCGACGACACCGCGACUUGUGUACGACCGGUCGAGCUCCAUGAUCCCGCCCGCCUUCACCGCACACAUGGAGAAC